GGUUUUAUCCUUCUAGGCCAGCUGCAAAUGCAAUCUCAACAACAAUCCAGAAAUUUUAUAGCGGUGCCUUCGCGACGUGGGGUGAAGUUCCAUGUCAUACGUAACAGGCAAUCCUUAACGAGUUUAUGAAAAAGUGUACAUGGAACCCUGUCGAGGAUAAUGUUAUUAGAAGCAAUUUUACAAAGAAGGCGAGUUCUCGGUUGUCAAAUAUUUUUUCUGAAGCUCGAAAUAAAGGUCAAAAGCCUGGCUGGCUUGGGACAGAUUACUGGGAGGAUCUCAAUAAAUACUGGGCUACGCCGGAGUUUCAAAAGAAGAGCGCCCAGACAAAGGUAGCUCGAAAUUCUAAGAAGGGUGGCUCAUUGCACACUUGUGGUUCAGUGUCCAUGGGGACUGCUCGGAGGAAAUUGAAAGUUUCUCUUGGUAGACCACCCACUCGACAUGAGCUAUGGAAUAAGACCCAUAUGAAAAUCGAAGAUGGAAAAGAAGUUUGGGUUGAGCCACGGGCAGAGGAUACCUAUAAUCGGUAUAAUCAAGCGAUGGAGGAUCUCAUUACGAAUCAGUCGACUAAUGAUCAAGGCAAUCCAAUCACGCCAUCAGAGGAACAAACUCUCUAUUGUUGGUUAGACGUGGUUGGUGGUGUAAAUAAGGGAAGAGCGUAUGGCCUUUGCUUCGAGAAGAACUUUCACCGGAUCCAGUGUGGAUUGCAAGGUAUAGGGAGUUCUGUCACUGUGUCAAAUGAGCAGCUCGAGGAGAUGCGAGACGAUCUUCGGGAACUUGCUAGGAAAUAUGAGGAGGAACAGAAUAAAAGGUUGAAGGAGGAGCAACGUAGGAUAGUGCUUGAGUCAGACGUCAAAGAACUCAAGGCCCAAGUGUGUAACCUCAUCAAGUUGCCCCGUUCUCCACCCCCGACCCACGAUCAUGAUGAUGGAGAGGAUGUAGAGGAUGAGGAGGAUCAGGAGCAUGGAGAUGAUGAGGAUCAGGAGAAUAGAGAGUAUGGAGAGACUGAAAUGGAGUAUUAGGGAUCUCUAUCACAUGUUUGCAACAAUUUUUUGAAUCAGUUGGACAAUCCCAUAUAGCUUAAAAGGAGCAGUUGAAAGUUGGAGCUUAUGGAAAGUGAACAAAACCAUCAACAUGAUCUGGUAAAUGAUACCUGCAUGUGUUUUUUGGUGUUUAUGGAUAGAGAAGGAACAACAGAUCUUUGAUGGGACUUCAACUCCUAAUUGUUCUCUAAAAUCAAAGUGUUUAGUUAACCUUUUUAGUUGGAGAAAUCUAUCCCCUGUGAAUGAUGUUAUCCCCCUUUUAGAUUUCAUUGGCUCCCACUCAGUGGCUUAGUAGCCUUGAGUCUUUUGCUCAUGGUUUUAAACUCCCAGCUCUUACUAGUUUUCUUUUGCAGUGUCUGGAGUUUUUAGCCUUUUCUUUGUAAUGUUUGCAUCUGCUUGAUGCUUUUGAAUAUGAAUAUAACAACUUAGUUCACCAAAAAAAAAAAUUGUUAUUUUUGUUCCAACUUAUGUUACUUUGGCUUGUUUGAAGUCUAGUGGGAUGCUUGUGAUAUAUUUUUGCAUAACGUCGAAGUUGGU